GAGAGACUCCUUUUGCAGCUUCCAAUGCAAUGCUAUGCUCAUCCUCAUUCAUUCUCCCUCUAAUUUCCAUUCCAUUCUCCAUCUAAUUUUACACUCUGCAACUAAAUAUCAUUUUUUAUUACUUCUCAAAACAACCCUCUCUUUCUCGCUCUCUCUCUCUCUUCCCCCCGCAAACAAACUAGUGAAAAGCUGCUUACCUUUUUAGCUUAGGUCCUUCUCACCACUCUCUGCAACCUCUCUUUGCACAUAACCAAGAAAAAAAAAAAGCAUCUCGAAAUGCUACCCCGGUCCAACGGCGUCGUUUGGGCCGACGGAGAACCUGAAGAACCUCUUUCAUGGCCGCCCCGGGCCCACUCCCAGCCCGAGCCCGACGAUAUCAACGCCUCUCUCUCCUCCUUCAAGUCCAUGCUCGAGUCCGACUGCUUCACGCCCAACCCACUCUACCACCACCCUGACUACACCAACCUCCUCUUCAACCCCCUCGACUCCUCCUCUCUCGACCCCUCCCACCAUAUUCCCACCUUCCUGCCUCAUAAAUCCAUGCUGCCCUCCUUCUUCGCUAACAAUUUCGACAAUGGCUUCGAUUUGAGCUGCGACCUGCCUUUCUUCCCCGCCCCAGACACGGCCCCCUCUCCGAUUCUGAUGGGUUUCAAUGGCCUCAACCCCCAAUUCCAGCACGGCUCCGACUUCCCGGCCACUUCCCGGCUACUCCCUUACUCCGACGACGGCACCGCCGUUGGAGCAGCUUCUGACGCCUACGGUCUCGAGGGUUUCGACGGGUUUUCUAACAGGUUGAAACUACUGAGGCCGCUUGAGGUUUUGCCGCCCGGCGGAGCACAGCCUACUCUGUUUCAGAAGAGAGCCGCCCUGCGGCACAAUCUGGGGACUAUCAGCUCGAAAAGCGAGGAGGGUUUGACGAGCUUGGAUGACACGGGCGGGAUAGAGUUUGGGGAAAGGAAGAGGAAGAGAAGUUAUGAGGAUGAAGUGGAGGAUUAUAUGGGAGCUGAUCUCUCAGCUAUGAAUUAUGAUUCGGACGAGCCAACUGAGAAAUUAGGGGAUGCGAAUUCCAACGCCAACAGCAGCGUCAUCAUUGGGGAUCACAAGGGGAAGAAGAAAGGGUUGCCGGCCAAGAAUUUAAUGGCGGAGAGGCGUAGGAGGAAGAAGCUUAAUGACAGGCUUUAUAUGCUUAGAUCUGUAGUGCCCAAAAUCAGCAAGAUGGAUAGAGCCUCAAUACUAGGGGAUGCCAUUGAUUAUUUGAAAGAGCUUCUGCAACGCAUAAAUGAUCUUCAUAAUGAGCUUGAAGCCACCCCAGCGGGAUCUGUAAUGCAUCCAACGUCAAGCUUGCAUUCAUUCACACCAACUCCACCUACUCUUCCAUUUCGUGUUAAGGAAGAACUCUGUGCAAGCUCGACCCCCAGCCCCAAAAACCAGCCUGCAAGGGUGGAGGUAAGGUUGAGAGAAGGGAGGGCCGUGAAUAUACACAUGUUCUGUGCGCGUAGACCAGGACUCUUGCUUUCCACAAUGAGGGCUUUGGACAACCUUGGACUCGACGUUCAGCAAGCUGUCAUCAGCUGUUUCAAUGGCUUUGCUUUGGAUGUGUUCCGUGCUGAGCAAUGCAGAGAAGGUGAGGAUGUGGUGCCGGAGCAAAUCAAAACAAUUCUGCUGGAAUCUGCCGGAUUUCAUGGCGUCCUUUAGGCUCAAUCUAUUAAUCCAUGUAUCUAUCUAUGUUCACUUUGGUAUUUAGCAGUCCCAUCCUUGAAGAGUAAUAAUGUGUAUUGUAAUUUGCAACACAGGAUUAGGAACACAUCCCAUCAUCCUAACUAAUUUGUAAUGCCCUAUCUGUUGUACUGUAGUAUGUAGUUGUGGUGUUAGCGACCCUUGAUAUGAUAUCCACUGAGGAUUAUAUUUUUUCUUUUAUUUUUUUUUUGAAUUAAUUAAUUAAUUAAUACUACUAAUUACAUGGUAUUAAUUGG